GCUCUUAGCAACUAAAAAGUUGAGACGGGGCCUAAAGCACCCAAAAUGAAGCUCUCGGUCGUUAAAAGAAAUGUGCAAUGCGCGUUGGAUCCCUCGCGAAAUGAUGCAGAUGUUGACCAAUUAACACCAUCCCAAGAACAGAUGAGAAUUGCGAUUCAUAAAAUGGCAAGAAAACAAGUUCAAAUAGAGGCAGAUGUUGACCAAUUAACACCGUCCCAAGAACAGAUGAAAAUUAAGAUGCAUAAAAUGGCAAGAAAACAAGUUCAAAUGGAGGUUGAUUUUCAGAUGAUGAAACGGCAGUUUAAAAAAUUUGAAGGAUUAUUGCGUUAUCAAGAAACUAUUGUUAAUCAAGACGUUAUUAUUAUUGGUGGUUGGUAUGAUUUUGAGAACGCAUCCCCAUUUAAUACUGUUGAAAAAUAUAAUAUUGUCGAGAAAAGGUCGACCAUGCUGCCACAACUGAAUCAUCCUCGAGGAGGAUCAGCAUCGUGUGUUUACAACAAUGAUAUCCUGGUCGUUGGUGGUUUCGAUGGUACAGAAGCAGAACACACGAUCGAAGUUUUGAAGAUGAACCAAUAUCCUUUGCGAUGGGAAAUGUUUGAUGGUAAACUGCCUGUCACGUUGUCUUGUCAUGACGUCAUAGUUUAUCAAGGAAAAUUAUAUACAAUAGGAGGACAUAACGGGAAUGAAAAAAAAUCAUCAAAUGCCGUCUAUGAGAUUGCUCUUACCCCACCUUAUACUUCCAAGCUGCUGACGAGAAUGCCUGAAGCAAGAGAAGAUCAUAGAGCAGAACUUGUUAAUGAAAAACUAUUUAUCUUGGGCGGAACAACAACCGACUGUAUUGAAGAUGUUACUGACAGCGUUGUUGUUUAUAAUUUCAUUAAGAAUGAGUUCAAGCCAUGUCCGUCGUUACCUUGGCCUGUUAGUCGUAUGUCCACAGUCACUUGGAGGAAUAAGAUCAUCGUUAUUGGCGGUAUGGAUGAGAAUGAUAAGCCAUUAAAUGACGUCAUCAUGUAUGACACUGUGACGGGGAAAAGUAAGCCACUGCCCUCCAUGAUUUACAGAAGGAGCGGCAGCUCAGCUGUCAUCAUGAAUGACGUCAUUGUCGUGUUUGGUGGAUGGAAUAAGGAGCAGAGAUAUCUCAACUCAGUGGAAUCAUUCACCAUUGGUGGAAAUGCCUGGAAAGAACUGCCAGGAAUGAUAGAAAAAAGGUGUAAUGCAACUGCUGUUGUGAAACAUUAUAUCUGAAAGUUUUCUCAAUAUAAACUUCUUAUUGUGUCCUUGCAUGAAUAUGAUAAUAUUUUGUGUCGUGAUGGUCAAUCAUUGUUUCUGCGCUUUCUCGAUAUAUGAGCAACCAGAAGCCUGUCCCUAAUCAUAACCCUGAGUCUAACAUGAAGUAUUUUGUUUAUAUUUUUGUUUUCUCAUAUAUCAAGAAACAGCCAUUGUUCACGUCACGUUGAUAACUGCUGUUGUCAUCUAUAAUAUUUCUAUAUUCUUAUACUGUGACGUCUGGUGAGGUUUACCCAAUACUAUUAGUGUGUAAAUAUAUAACAUAAGAUAAAUAGAUAUAGAUAUAUAAUGUUUUGCUCAUAUAGUCAAUAUUUUACCCUAACCAAUGUUGAUAACUGCUGUUGUCAUCUAUAAUAUUUCUAUAUUCUUAUACUGUGACGUCUGGUGAGAUAUAACCAAUAUUAUUAGUGUGUAAAUAGGUUCAAUUCGACAUUUAUCUUAACCAAUGGACAUUAGCAAUAAGCAAGACAUUAGAUUCAUUAGUGAAAUAAGUU